UCAUCUUACAAAACAUGGCAACCACGGUUGACAAGUGGGUUGGGGUUGGCACGGCCAUGACCGUCUUCACCUUGCUGUGCUCCCAGAUGCCGGACCGCAUCCACGACGAGGUGAGGCACUUCAUCACCAAGUGGACGCCGCUCGUCGCCGCCUACUUCAACCCCUACGUCAAUCUCACCAUCUCCGAGCAAAGCGACGAGCAGUUCCGCCGGAACGAGCUCUUCGACGACAUCUCCGCCUACCUCACAGACAAGUGCGCUCACCGCGCCCGCAGGCUCAAGGCCGAGCUCGGUAACGACGGCGUGCUGCCGGAGGUCACCCUGGACGACGAAGUACAGGUCACGGACGACUCCGACGGCGCGCGCAUCUGGUGGUACGCUACCAACAAGGGUCCCAGCUACCGGAGCCCGAGCCCCGUCUUCAGCUUCUUCGCCGCCGACACGGAGCCCCGGCUCUUCCGGGCAGUGUUCCACAAGCGCCACCGCCAGUUCGUGCUCAACACCUACCUGCCACGAGCACUGGCCAAGGGCCACGAGCUCAUCGCCAACAUGACCAGGCAGAGACGGCUGUUCACGAACCACCGGCAGGGAAACAGGAGCACCUGGUGCCACGUGCCGUUCGAGCACCCGGCGACCUUCGACAAGCUCGCCAUGGACCCUGUCCAGAAGGAGGAGAUCAUCGACGACCUCGAGGCCUUCAUGGACGGCAAGCAAUACUACUCAGACGUGGGCAAGGCGUGGAAGCGUGGGUACCUGCUUUAUGGCCCGCCGGGCACGGGCAAGUCAACGCUGAUCUCGGCCAUGGCCAACAUGCUCAAGUACGACGUCUACGACCUCGACCUCACGUCCGUCAAGAACAACUCCGAGCUCCGGAAGCUCUUCAUCGAGACCAAAGGCAGGUCCAUCAUCGUCAUCGAGGAUAUCGAUGCCAUCGAGGUUGACCUCGCCGGAAACCGCAAGGUCGCCGACAAGAAGUCCGGCAGCAGCAGCUGCUGCGACCACCUCCCGCUGGACCCCAACAAAGACGACGGAAGCAAGGUAACGCUCUCCGGCCUACUAAGCUUUGUGGACGGGCUGUGGUCCGCGAGUGGCGGCGAGCGGGUCAUUGUCUUCACCACCAACCGCGUCGACAUGCUCGACCAGGCGCUGACACGCCGGGGGAGGAUGGACAUGCACAUCGAGAUGUCCUACUGCCGGUUCGGUGCCUUCAAGGUACUCGCCAACAAUUACCUCAGAGUAAGAGAUCACGAGCUGUUCGACGAGAUCAAGCGGCUGCUCGAGGAUACCGACACGUCACCCGCUGACGUGGCACAUAACCUCAUGCCCAAGAGCAAUAAGAGGAAGAGGGACGCCGAUAUGCCGCCAUCUGAAGUGGCAUAUUACCUCAACGAGGACACUGACGCUUGCUUGGCAGGUUUAGUUGAGACCCUGAAGAAGAAGGCCAAGAGGGAAUCAACUACGGCUCCUACCAUUGAAGUUGUUGUACCUGCCCAGAACGGAACUUCGAAAUAACUCGUCAGACCAUGUACUC